GCCGGCGGCGCCCAGGGCGGGGUGGUUGGAAAGGGGGAAAAAAGGCCCGCGGAGGAAGCCUCGGAGCGGGGAGCAAAGGGAGGGGGGAAGAGAGCGGUUGCUAGGUGACUUGCGUCAUCGGCCCGCGCCGCUUUCCUCCCGCCCCUCUCUCUGGAGUGAGGCGAGAGCCCCGCACUGAGCGAGGGAGACAGCGAGCUGAGCUCCGGGCGCUACCGCCGCCGCCGCCGCCGCCGCGAGCGUGAGAGCGAGGGAGAAUCCGAGAGAUCCCGCGCCCGUGCCCUGGCCGCCGCCGAGACCUCCGCCCUGACCUGGGCCAGCGGGAGCCGCGGCCACCCCUCUUCUCCCCCCCUCACCUUCCCGGCCGGCAGCGGCGGCUGCACACGCCGGAGCCCGAGCCCGAGCCCGAGCCCGAGCCGGAGCCGGCGGCUGGGGGGGCAGGGAGGCGGCCACCUCGGACCGGGACUGGUCGGCUGCUCCGCGGUGAGAGGACGCUGAGGAGGGGCCGGAGCGUCUGUUCGUCCCGGGGCGCCGGGCGAGGGACCCCCAAGGUGGAGGGAGGGGGUCCCAGCCGCAGCGACACAUGCGGGAGCCGGGAGCGGGGGCGGCGCCGAGCGGAGUCGGCCGGGUCCCCCACCUCGCCGCCGCCGCCGCCUCGGCCACCCGCCCGGGGCCGUAGCAUCUCGCCCCGGAGUGUAUGAGCCGGGGCCCCAAGCCCGGCAACCACCCCCCGGCCGGGGGGGCGGGGACCCCGAUGUGAAGCGGCGGCCGGGGCGGCGGGGACAGCAGGACCGGCGCCGCCGUCCUCCCCUUCCCUCCCCCCCCUCCCCUCCGCCCCCUCGGGGGGGGGGUCUUCUCUCUCGGCCAGUCGCCGGCCCCCCGGCCCCUCGGCAGGACUCCCGGAGGAGUUCUUAGAGCCCCCUCCCCCGCCCCAGCCCCGAGGGCGGCGGGGCCGGGGGGGACCCGGGGGGCCGGCCGCAGCCUCCGCCCAGAAGAAACUUUGUAAAGACAAAAUCCGGAGCCUCCCAAACGUGACUGUCCGGGGAGAGGUGGCCCGGGACGGGCAGAAGACCCAGCCUGAAGAGACCCAGGAAGAGGAAAAGAGGAGGUAAGCGGGGCCGCCGCCUCCUCUGCUCCGGCGGCGCGGAAGAGACCCGGGUGGCCGCCCGGCUUUGCGAUCCCAGCCCCGCUUCUUCCUCCGUAACGCGCCGGAGCCUGCCGCAGCUGCCGCCUCGGUCCCGAGGAGGAAAGGAAGCACCCCGCUCUCUCAGCGUCCCGGCUCUUCUCUAAAGUGGAGUCUCAACCAUCAGCGAGAUUUUUAAAAGGCUAUCAAAUAUUUGGAUUACUUCCUUAGGAUAAAUUCCAGACGUGGAGUGACUGGGUCAGAGGAAUGUGAAAACUUUUGCAUCUUCUGAUAGUCUAGCCAAGGUCCAAGAAGUAGCAAGCUGGCUUUUGGAAAUGAAUCAGGAACUGCUCUCUGUGGGCAGCAAAAGACGACGAACGGGAGGCUCUCUGAGAGGUAACCCUUCCUCAAGCCAGGCAGAUGAGGAGCAGAUGAAUCGUGUGGUGGAGGAGGAACAGCAGCAGCAGCAGCUAAGACAACAAGAGGAGGAGCACACCGCAAGGAAUGGUGAAGUCGUUGGAGCAGAACCUAGACCUGGAGACCAAAAUGAUUCCCAGCAAGGACGAUUGGAAGAAAACAAUAACCGAUUUAUUUCGGUAGAUGAGGACUCCUCAGGAAACCAGGAAGAACCAGAGGAAGAUGAAGAACAUGCUGGUGAACAAGAUGAGGAGGAUGAAGAGGAAGAGGAGAUGGACCAGGAGAGUGAUGAUUUUGACCAGUCUGAUGACAGCAGCAGGGAAGAUGAACAUACACAUAGUAACAGUGUCACAAACUCUAGUGGUAUCGUGGACCUGCCCAUUCACCAGCUCUCCUCCCCGUUCUAUACAAAGACAACAAAAAUGAAAAGAAAGUUGGACCAUGGUUCUGAGGUCCGCUCUUUUUCUUUGGGAAAGAAACCAUGCAAAGUCUCAGAAUAUACAAGCACCACUGGGCUUGUACCAUGUUCGGCAACACCAACAACUUUUGGAGACCUGAGAGCAGCCAAUGGCCAAGGGCAACAACGACGCCGAAUUACAUCUGUCCAACCACCUACAGGCCUCCAGGAAUGGCUGAAAAUGUUUCAGAGCUGGAGUGGACCAGAGAAAUUGCUUGCUUUAGAUGAACUUAUUGAUAGUUGUGAACCAACCCAAGUAAAACAUAUGAUGCAAGUGAUAGAACCCCAGUUUCAACGAGACUUCAUUUCCUUGCUCCCUAAAGAGCUGGCACUUUAUGUGCUUUCAUUCCUGGAACCCAAAGACCUGCUACAAGCAGCUCAGACGUGUCGCUACUGGAGAAUUUUGGCCGAAGACAACCUUCUCUGGAGAGAGAAAUGCAAAGAGGAGGGUAUUGAUGAACCAUUGCACAUCAAGAGAAGAAAAGUAAUAAAACCAGGUUUCAUACACAGUCCAUGGAAAAGUGCAUACAUCAGACAGCACAGAAUUGAUACUAACUGGAGGCGAGGGGAACUGAAAUCUCCUAAGGUGCUGAAAGGACACGAUGAUCAUGUGAUCACAUGCUUACAGUUUUGUGGUAACCGAAUAGUUAGUGGUUCUGAUGACAACACUUUAAAAGUUUGGUCAGCAGUCACAGGCAAAUGUCUGAGGACAUUGGUGGGACACACAGGUGGAGUGUGGUCAUCACAGAUGAGAGACAACAUCAUUAUUAGUGGAUCAACAGAUCGGACUCUCAAAGUGUGGAAUGCAGAGACAGGAGAAUGUAUACACACCUUAUACGGGCAUACUUCCACUGUACGUUGUAUGCAUCUCCAUGAAAAAAGAGUUGUUAGCGGUUCUCGAGAUGCCACCCUUAGGGUUUGGGAUAUUGAGACAGGCCAGUGUUUACAUGUUUUGAUGGGUCAUGUAGCAGCGGUCCGCUGUGUUCAAUAUGAUGGCAGGAGGGUUGUGAGUGGAGCGUAUGACUUUAUGGUGAAGGUGUGGGACCCAGAGACGGAGACCUGUCUGCACACGUUGCAGGGACACACCAACAGGGUCUACUCGUUGCAGUUUGAUGGCAUCCAUGUGGUGAGUGGAUCUCUUGAUACAUCAAUCCGAGUCUGGGAUGUGGAGACAGGGAAUUGCAUUCACACGUUAACAGGACACCAGUCGUUAACAAGUGGAAUGGAACUCAAAGACAACAUUCUUGUCUCUGGGAAUGCAGAUUCUACAGUUAAAAUCUGGGAUAUCAAAACAGGACAGUGUUUACAAACAUUGCAAGGUCCCAACAAGCAUCAGAGUGCUGUGACCUGUUUACAGUUCAACAAGAACUUUGUAAUUACCAGCUCAGAUGAUGGAACUGUAAAACUAUGGGACUUGAAAACGGGUGAAUUUAUUCGAAACCUAGUCACAUUGGAGAGUGGGGGGAGCGGGGGAGUCGUGUGGCGGAUCAGAGCCUCGAACACAAAGCUGGUGUGUGCAGUCGGGAGUCGCAAUGGAACGGAGGAAACCAAGCUGCUGGUGCUGGACUUUGAUGUGGACAUGAAGUGAAGAGCAGGAAAGGUGGUAUCGUCCCAACGUGUAGACGACACACUCCCUGCCCUUCCCCCUGCAAAAGAAAAAAAAGAAAAGAAAAAGAAAAAAAAUCCCUUGUUCUCAGUGGUGCAGGAUGUUGGCUUGGGGCAACAGAGCGAAAAGACCUACAGACUCAGAAGGAAAAGAGGAAGCGAUGACAAACCGCAACUGACAAGAGAGGCGCCUGCCGGCUCGUCCCGGAAAAAGCUUCACUUUGGACUGAGGGCAGCUUUGCAAAACGAGACUUUCGAAAUCAAACCAGGUGCAAUUAUUUCUUUAUUUUCUUCUCCAGUGGUCGCUGGGCAGCGUUACUGCUGAGACGUCGUUAGAGAUUCUGCUAGCCUGUUCUUUUACCACUGAGACCUAGAAAGAAGCUGCAGUAACAGCCACACAGUACCGGUGGACUUCCUCACCAGCGAGCAUCUGCGACACAGCGUCAUUUUUCUGCAGUGGAAAAGCUAAAAAGGAAAAAAAUUACUGUGAAUUGUUUUUGUAUAGUUAUCAUGAAAAGCUUUUGUUUUUUUUGUUUUUUUUUUUUUGCCAACCAUUGCCAAUGUCAAUCAAUCACAGUAUUAGCCUCUGUUAAUCUAUUCCUGUCGCUUCCACAUACACUCUUCAAUGCCUAUGUUGCUCAAAGGUGGCAAGUUGUCCUGGGUUCUGUGAGUCCCGAGAUGGAUUUAAUUCUUGAUGCUGGUGCUAGAAGUAGGUCUUCAAAUAUGGGAUCGUGUCCCACCCCUGUACUGUACUCCCAGUGGCCAAACUUAUUUAUGCUGCUAAAUGAAAGAAAGAAAAAAAAAGCAAAUUAUUUUUUUUUAUUUUUUUUCUGCUGUGACGUUUUAGUCCCAGACUGAAUUCCAAAUUUGCUCUAGUUUGGUUACGGAAAAAAAAAAAAGACUUUUUGCCACUGAAACUUGAACCAUCUGUGCCUCUAAGAGGCUGAGAAUGGGAGAGUUUCAGAAAAUAAAGAGUGAAGUUUGCCUGCAAGUAAAGAAUUGAGAGUGUGUGCAAAGCUUAUUUUCUUUUAUCUGGGCAAAAAUUAAAACACAUUCCUUGGAACAGAGCUGUUGCUGCCUGUUCUGUGGAGAAACUUUUCUUUUUGAGGGCUGUGGUGAAUGGAUGAACGUACAUAAGAAAACUGACAAAAUAUUUUAAAAUAUAUAAAACACAAAAUUAAAAUAAAGUUGCUGGUCAGUCUUAGCGUUUUACAGUAUUUGGGAAAACAACUGUUACAGUUUUAUUGCUCUGAGUAACUGACAAAGCAGAAACGAUCCAGUUUUUGUAGUAAAGGCGUCCCAUGCAAACAAGCGAAAUGAAUGAAAAAGUCAGAUGGUCUGCCUCAUUCUCCAAGAGCCACAACUCAAGCUGAACUGUGAAAGUGGUUUAACACUGUAUCCUAGGUGAUCUUUCUUUUCCUCCUCCUGUUUAUUUUUUUUGUUUGUUUUAUUUAUAGUCUGAUUUAAAACAAUCAGAUUCAAGUUGGUUAAUUUUAGUUAUGUAACAACCUGACAUGAUGGAGGAAAACAACCUUUAAAGGGAUUGUGUCUAUGGUUUGAUUCACUUAGAAAUUUUAUUUUCUUAUAACUUAAGUGCAAUAAAAUGUGUUUUUU